AUGAGGAUCUGGGGUACUGAAGGAGCUGUUUCCGUGUAUUCUGCAGAACCCACCAGCCUGGUGUGCUACACGUGCAAGCUGCGGCUGCAGUCCGCGUGGCGCCUGGUGCAGCACGUCCAGACCUGCCACGGCGUCCGCCUCUACGAGUCCAGCCUCGUCGGGGGCGGCGUCGGCGUCGGCGUCGGGAGCGGGGGCCUGCCCUCGCCGCAGAGGCCCGCCGCGCCGCUGCCGCUGUCGCUGGUGCCCGGCGGCAGCUCGGCGGCCGCCAACACGUCGGGCGGCUCGCUCUCGUCGGGCUCGUCGGCCUCGUCGGGCUCGCCCGUCUGCUCGUCGGUCGGGCCGGGAAACGGGCUGGGAGGCGCCGGGAGCACAAGCUGCCUCCUGCCCCCGCCCGGCGCCUCCUCUCUCCUCCAUCCCCCCUCCAGCUGCAGCAGCACCACCACCACCGGCUCGCCGCUACUCCUCCACCAGCGCCCCAGCAGCCGGGGCCCCUGUGUGGAGGCGGCCUCCCUGCUUGGGCUGCCCUGUACGCAGCCGCCGCCCAGCUCAGCAGUCAGCGCCUGCUCCUCCAGCAGCACCGUUCCGGGGACGACGCACCCCUUCCCGGCGGGCCUGUUCGCGCGGCCUUCUAGCCUGCCUCCGCCCCCGCCACCCCCGCUACCGCACCACGACCCGGCGGCGCCGUCGGCGUCUGCACCGUCAACGCCGAGCCACCACUUCCGUAGUAUGGAGCAGCUGGUGCAGGAGCAGCUGCGCCUCAACCCGCUGGCCGCCGCCGCCGCCGCCGUCGCAGCCGCCGCCGCCUCCUCCUCGUCGACGAGCUCCCCGUCGCCGUCGGCCGUCUCGUCGCUCGUCGCGUCGGCGUUCGCGCCGUCGGCGCAGCCGCUGGACAGGAUAGCGGCGGCCGUGGCUGCGGCGACCGCGGCCGUGCCCGGCGCAGGGGGACGGGAGGCGGCGCCGCCCACGCUCGACUUCUACUCGCAGAGGCUGCGACAGCUGGCCGGCACCACCAGCCCGGGGGCCGGGGGCGGCGCCGGAGGCGGAGGCGGCCUGGCCACGUCGCCCUCGCCGCGCAAGCAGAUGCUGACGCCGCCCUUUGGCAGCCCACCCCCACACCACCCCCAGCAGCGGCACGCCACGCCGCCCCCGUCACUGCCCCCCAUGUCCUCCUCCACCUCUACCGUGCCCACCGCCUCCACCUGCAUUCCAUCUACCUGCGCCGCCCCCACAGGACACACCACCAGCCCUGCCGACGCUUCGUCACCUCUCGCGCUGUCUCUUGAAAAGCAGCAGCAGACGCCGCCCUCGGCAGGCAGCGACCAGCAGCCGGCGCCCGGAACGCCCACACCGCGACCCUCGUCUCCGCGGACGCCGCCCACGGGCCCGGCGCCGACGCCCUCGGACUCGGGCACAGCCGCCCCCGACGACGCCGGUGGCGCCGCCCCCGCCGACGGCGGCGUCGCGCAGAGCGGGCCCCUCACACCGUCCGCCGAGCCCGGCUCUCCGGGGCCGGACGCAGUGCGCGCCUGCGAGUUCUGCGGCAAGAAGUUCCGCUUCCAGAGCAACCUGAUAGUGCACCGGCGCACCCACACGGGCGAGAAGCCGUACAAGUGCGCCGUCUGCAACCACGCGUGCACGCAGUCCUCCAAGCUGAAGCGCCACAUGAAGAUCCACCGGCACUCGGCGUCUGCGCUGGCGCGCGUCACGCGCAGCUCGGUCGCCGCCGCGGCCGCCGCCGCCGCCGCCUCCGACGGCUCCGCCCCCGACGCCACCUCGCACAACAACAACAACAACGGUAGCAACCACACGACGCCCGAAAACGCGUCGCGCACGGGGAGCGUCGAGGCGCUGGACGACGACGACGGCGACGAGGACGACGAAGACGAGGAGGAGGACGAAGACGAUGACGACGACGAGGACGAGGAGGAGGAAGAGGAGGAGAUGGAGCUGGAGGAGGAGGACGAAGACGACCUGGACGACGACGACCUCGGGGACGGGGACGGUGACGCGCCCGAGGAUCUCACCACCAAGUCGACGUCGUCCACCCCGCCGGGCAACGUCACCGGUGCGGGGACCCCGAGGCCCGCCUCUGGCGCGCCGGCCACGCCGAUGGACAAGAUCUCUAACCAGGGUUCACUCGUGGGCGAGCUGAUCGACAAGUUCGGCCUGAGCAACAUCCAGCAGUACAGCGAGGCGUACAAGCAGGCGCUGCAGGAGUCGGUGACACCCCACAGCCUGAUGCAGCUGAAAGAGGAGAUCCUCGCAGGGCACCACGGGCAGCACCGGUCUGCUCUCAUUUCGGACAACAACAACCAAAAACACCUGUCGACCAGUGCACUGUUGUCAGCGACGAGUAAGGAAAAUGGCCUCACUGUGGAGAAGUCGGCGGCAGCGAUGCGAUUCCGGGAGGAGUUCGCGAAAAAUAUGAUGGCUGCAGGCCAACCGCCUCUGGACUUAAUGGGAGCCCCUCACGGUCUGUUCGGCGCGGCUGCAGCCGCAGCUGCUGCCGCUGCCGCUUUCGACUCCUCGUCGCCGUCGGCCGGCGCCUACGACGCCGCCAGCAAGAGGAUCAAACUGGAAUUGGACCACCACACGUCAUCCGUGUCGCAGCCGGCGCGAAGCGACCGAGCCGGUGAAGGUCCGGGCAGCGGACUCUAUGCCGGACUGUGGCUGCCGGCAAUGGCAGCAGCAGCCCACCACCGCGACCACCUCUUCGGCGGUGCAGGGGCGGGUGACACCGUGGAUCUCCUGGCGAACCACCACCGCAAGGACUCGCUGCUCAAGGUGGGCAAGUCCGGGCCCAGCCCGUCCACCCUCGCCGCGGCCCUAAACCUGGGCCUGCCUCCCACGUCGGCUGCGGCAGCGGCCGCCGCCGCAGUCGCCGCCCAGCAGCAGCAGCAACAGCAGCAGCAGUCCCUCAAGAAGGACACGCGCCGCAAUGACACCUGCGAGUUCUGCGGCAAGGUGUUCAAGAACUGCAGCAACCUGACCGUGCACCGGCGCUCGCACACGGGAGAGAAGCCCUACAAGUGCGAACUGUGCUCGUACGCGUGUGCCCAGUCGUCCAAGCUGACGCGCCACAUGAAGACGCACGGCCGCCUGGGCAAGGACGUGUACCGCUGCCGUUUCUGCGAGAUGCCCUUCUCUGUGCCGUCGACGCUCGAGAAGCACAUGCGCAAGUGCGUGGUGAACCAGAACAGCAAAGCGGCAGCGGCAGCCGCGGCGGCGGCGGCAGCGGCGGCGGCGGCGGCCGCCGGGGGCGGACACCUGCCGCUGGUCGGGGACGACACCGGCGACUCGUCCGCCUCCGCCACCAAGGACGCCACAUGA